UGUGUGUGUGUGUGUGUGUGUGUGAGAGAGAGAGCAGAGACUCUGCAGCAGCAGCUGCUCACACACACUCAUCAGUGCUGGAGGACAGAAGAAGAAGAAGAAGAAGAAGAAGAAGAAGAAGAGCGCUGAUCUGAGCAGUAUGCAGUUCUCGGUCAGACCACGUGUCCACCUGCUGGUCCUGCUUCUCGUCCCUCUGUUGUCUCAGCCGGCGUGGGGUCAAGUUUCUUCACCUCGAAGGUUUCGUUCCAAACUUGUGAGUCCGAGCAAUCUGCUGGUGAUGUGGAAAGAGCCUCGAGGAGAGUUUGAGGGCUACAGAGUCAUCUACACCACAAACCCAGGUGGAGAGCAGGAGGAAGUUCAGGUAUCAAAGGAGGAAGCCAAGCUCCUCAUUUCUGACUUUGACUCGUCAAAAGAAUACGACUUUCAGAUCAUUGCAGUCGGAGGAGGACGAGAGAGCAAACCUCUGCUGGCCAAACAUGAAGCUCAGCGUUCGGGCGUCGAGGUGGUUCAGCCCCAGAGGAGACAAGAUGGCGGCGUCAUGGAGGAAAACAACGAGAUCAUGGAAGCUGAAGACGGCUUCAUGUGUAAGAGUCCGGCCGUCGCAGACAUCGUGAUCCUGGUGGACGGAUCCUGGAGCAUCGGACGCAUCAACUUCAGGCUGGUCAGAACCUUCCUGGAAAACUUGGUCCGGGCUUUUACUGUGGAGAUCGACAAGACCCGGAUCGGUCUGGCUCAGUACAGUGGAGACCCGAGGAUCGAGUGGCAUCUGAACGCUCACAGCACCAAAGAGGCCGUGAUCGACGCCGUCAAACAUCUGCCGUACAAGGGAGGAAACACUCUCACUGGUUUGGCUCUGACCUUCAUCCUGGAAAACAGUUUCAAACCCGAGUCUGGAUCCAGAGCCGGUGUUCCCAAAGUCGGGAUCCUCAUCACAGACGGCAAAUCCCAGGACGACGUAAUCCCUCCGGCCCGGAGCCUGAGGGACGCCGGGAUCGAGCUGUUCGCCAUCGGUGUGAAGAACGCCGACGAGAACGAGCUGAAGGCCAUCGCUUCUCCUCCCGAGGAAACGCACGUCUACAACGUGGCAGACUUCAGCGUGAUGAGCGAAAUCGUGGACGGUCUCACGAAGACCGUGUGCGACCGUGUGGAACAUCUGGACCGACAGAUCAAAGGUGGAUCCCCCGCUCCCCCGCCCACUUCUGUGGCUCCGCCCCGCGACCUGGUGACGUCCGAGAUCACGGCUCGCAGUUUCCGCGUGACGUGGACGCACGCGCCGGGUCAGGUGGAGAAGUACCGCGUGGUGUACUACCCGGCCAGCGCCGGACAGCCGGAGGAAAAAGUGGUUCAGGGCUUGGAAAACAGCGUGGAACUGAACUACCUCAACUCUCUGACCGAGUACCAGGUGGCCGUGUUCGCCGUGUAUCGCAGCUCUGCCAGCGAGGCGCUGCGCGGGAGCGCCACCACAUUGGCCCUGCCCACAGUCAACGACCUGGAGUUGUUUGAUGUCACUCACAGCACCAUGAGGGUUCGCUGGAAGAUCGCCGCCGGGGCUUCUGGGUACAUGAUCCUGUACGCGCCGUUGACUGAGGGAGACCCUGCUGACGAGAAGGAGGUGAAGGUGGAGGACUCUGUGAAUGAGGUGGAGCUCGAGGGUUUGACUCCAGACACCGAGUACACGGUGACGGUGUACGCCAUGUACGGCGAGGAGGCCAGCGACCCCAUGACCAGCCAGCAGACCACGCUCCCGUUAACACCGGCCAGGAACUUGCGGUUCUCAGCCGUAGACCACAGCUCCGCCCAGCUCACCUGGGACUCCACCUCCGGGAAGGUCAAAGGGUACCGCAUCAUGUACGUGAAGACCAACGGGGUCCAGACCAACGAGGUGGAUGUCGGCCGUGUGACCACCUGGUUGCUAAGGAACCUGACGUCUCUGACCGAGUACACGGUCGGCGUCUUCGCCCUCUACGACGAGGGACAGGCCGACGCUGUGACGGACAGUUUCACCACAAAGACUGUACCCGACCCGCUGGACAUGAGGACCAGUGACAUCACUACCAACAGCUUCAGCGUGUCAUGGCAACAUCCGGCCACUGAUGUCGUGCUGUACAGACUCACCUGGACGUCCACUGACGGAGGGGACAGUGAGGAGGUUCUGCUGAAUGGAAACAUCAACACUUACCUGAUAAAAGGACUCAGUUCUGCCACAGAGUAUGAAAUCCUCCUCGCCGCAAUCUACGCUAACGAGGUCGAGAGCGACGAGGCCAUCGUCAUAGAAACCACCGUUGAAAGAUUAACCACCGUUGCCACGACGACCACAUCCACAGCAGCUGCUCGCUUCGGCGUGAGGAACAUGAGGAUCGACGAUGAAACCACGCACAGUCUGCGCGUGUCGUGGCAACCGGCCGACUCCAGGAACGUCCGCCAUUAUCGCCUGAGCUACGUCAGCGCCAAGGGAGACCGCGCAGAGGAGACGAGGACAGUUCCCACCGGACAGAGCAGCCUGAUUCUGCAGCCUCUUCUCUCUGACACCGAGUACAAAGUCGCCGUCACUCCCGUUUACGCCGAGGGCGACGGACCAACGGCGUCACGGACGGGACGAACACUUCCUCUUUCAGCCCCGAAGAACUUGCGCGUGUCUGAGGAGUGGUACAACCGUUUCAGGAUCAGCUGGGACGCUCCACCUUCACCCACCAUGGGCUACAGAGUCGUCUACCAGCCUCUGUCUGCUCCUGGUUCAGCUCUGGAGACGUUUGUGGGAGAAGACGUGAACACGAUGCUGAUCGUGAACCUGCUCAGUGGGACGGACUACAGCAUCAAGGUCAUCGCCUCGUACACGACGGGAUCCAGUGAUGCUUUGUCAGGAAGAGCCAAGACCUUGUACCUGGGCGUGACUAACCUGAGCGUGUACCAGGUGAGGAUGAGCAGUUUGUGCGCUCAGUGGCAGACGCAGCGACACGCCAGCGCCUACAGAGUCGUCAUGGAAUCCCUCCUCAACGGUCAGAAACAGGAGGUGAAGUUGAGCGGAGGAACAAACAGACACUGUUUCAAUAACCUGAAGCCGAACACUCAGUAUAAGAUCAGUGUUUCCGCUCAGCUGCAGGACGGAACUGAAGGAGCUGCUGUCACCGCUGUGGAGAGGACGCUACCUGUCCCGACCCAGCCGCCAACCAAACCUCCCACCACAACACCAUUACCCACAAUCCCUGCUGCCAAAGAAGUGUGUAAGGCGGCUAAAGCCGACCUGGUCUUCCUGAUCGACGGAUCCUGGAGCAUCGGUGAUGAAAGCUUCCUGAAGAUCAUCCGCUUCCUGCACAGCACCGUGGGCGCUCUGGACCGGAUCGGGCCAGACGGCACCCAGGUGGCCAUGGUCCAGUUCAGUGACGACGCUCGCACUGAGUUUAAGCUCAACUCGUACAGCGACAAAGAAGGACUGCUGGACGCCAUCAAACGCAUUUCUUACAAGGGAGGGAACACGAAGACAGGUCGAGCCAUCCAGCACGUAAAGGAUAAAAUCUUCACAUCAGAGGGCGGAGUCAGGCGGGGAAUCCCCAACGUCCUCGUGGUCCUCACUGAUGGUCGAUCCCAGGACGACGUCAACAAGGUUUCCAAGGUGAUGCAGAUGGAAGGUUACAUCGUGUUUGCGAUCGGCUUUGCCGACGCCGACUACGGUGAGCUGGUGAGCAUCGCGAGCAAACCCAGCGACAGACACGUGUUCUUCGUGGACGACCUGGACGCCUUCAAGAAGAUCGAGGAGAAGCUGGUGACGUUCGUGUGUGAAGCCGCGACAGCCACUUGUCCGUCCAUACCGAUGAGCGGCAGCAUGAUGCCAGGUUUUCACAUGAUGGAGCUGUUUGGACUGGUGGAGAAUCGCUACAGCGGCGUCCCCGGCGUUUCCAUGGUACCCGGAACCUUCAACACCUUCCCAUGUUUCCACGUGCAGAGUGACGCACUCCUCGCUCAGCCGACCAGGUUCAUCCACCCUGAAGGUCUUCCCUCAGACUACACCAUCACUCUGCUCUUCAGGCUGUUGCCCGACACGCCCGAGGAGCCGUUCGCUGUGUGGGAAAUCCUCAACAAGAACGACGAGCCGCUGGUGGGCGUCAUCCUGGACAACGGAGGAAAAACUCUGACCUUCUUCAACAACGACUACAAAGCAGAGUUUCAGACGGUGACAUUUGAGGGGGAAGAAAUCAAAAAGCUCUUCUACGGCAGCUUCCAUAAGCUUCACAUCGCCAUCAGCAAGACGAGCGCCAGAGUGAUGAUUGACUGCAAGAUGGUGGCAGAGAAAAGCAUCAACGCUGCGGGGAACAUUACCACUGACGGGAGGGAGGUUCUGGGCCGGAUGGUUCGCUCCAGAGGGAACAAGGACAACUCUGCACCGUUCCAGCUCCAGAUCUUUGACAUCGUGUGCAGCACAUCAUGGGCCAACAGAGACAAGUGCUGCGAACUUCCUGGUCUGAGGAAGGAGGCAGACUGCCCGGCCCUGCCCAAAGCCUGCACCUGCACCCAGGACAGCAAAGGCCCCGUCGGUCCUGCUGGACCUCCGGGAGGCCCAGGAAUCAGAGGAGCCCGGGGAGAUCGUGGAGAGCCGGGUCCAGUGGGCCCCACUGGUCCAGUUGGUGAUAACGGUGUUCCAGGACCUCAGGGACCUCCAGGACCACAAGGACCCAGUGGACGCUCGAUCAUUGGGCCACCAGGAUCACCUGGAGAGAAAGGACAGAAAGGUGAUGUUGGACAACAAGGAACGCAGGGAGUUCCUGGUCGACCUGGAGCCCCGGGCAGAGAGGGACCACCGGGACCCAGAGGUCUGCCUGGUAAAGACGGCCUGCAGGGCAGACAGGGCACCACAGGAAACAUCGGAACACCAGGAGCCCCCGGAGCUCCAGGAAACACGGGGCCUUCAGGCAAACAGGGAGAUCUGGGACCUCCGGGUCCUCUAGGAGGCAAGGGUGAGAAAGGUGAACGGGGCGACCUGCAGUCCACAGCAUCCGUUCAGGCCAUCGCCAGACAAGUGUGCGAGCAGCUGAUCCAGAGUCACAUGGCGCGCUACAACUCCAUCCUGAACCACGCACCCAGUCCACCAGUGUCCAUCCGCACCGUGCCAGGACCCCCCGGAGAACCUGGUCGUCAGGGAUCCCCAGGGCCUCAGGGAGAGCAGGGACCAUCAGGAAGACCUGGAUUCCCAGGACAGAACGGGCAGAACGGGCAACCUGGAGAAAGAGGUCAACCAGGAGAGAAGGGUGAUAAGGGAUCACCAGGGACUGGAAUCCAAGGUCCCAGAGGACCAACAGGACCACCUGGUGCACAGGGACAGGGCAGACCCGGGAACCAGGGUCCAUCAGGGCGACCAGGGAAUCCUGGAACCCCCGGUCGGCCUGGUAUCCCUGGACCUGUUGGCCCUGCAGGGCCACCGGGAUACUGUGACCCGAACUCCUGUGUGGGUUACAAUGUUGGAGAGGAUGAGGAAGUGACUGACGGCGGCGCUGUCCCUGCAGUGCAACUGCCGCAAAACGUCUUCCAGAACUACGGCGAGGUCGAGGACGACGACCUCUACCGCUACUACCAACCCAACUACCCGGCGCCACGGCCCGUGGAGCCCGAUGACCCCGCACUGGACCACACUGAGCUGAUGUCCCCCAGCGUCCACCGCAGCUCACGGAGCCCGGAGGGGGAGGAGCAAAGGGCCGGCCCAAAGAGGCGACUACAGAGAGGAGUGACUAACUAACUGAUUGGAGGAUGACGGGCCUUUUGCCGUCCUCUGAUUGGAUGUUUUGAGCUCAUGGACAAAUCAACAAGUGCCUGAUGUGGAGGGUUUUCAUAAGGACUUUGGCGAGGGGGCGGGGCUAUCAUCUCUGCCAUUGAAUUAACCUCAAGAAAACACGACAUUUUGAUUUUGUUCAACUUGUCUCUAUGGCAACAGGAUCAGCUGUUUGUGUCGUCAUGUUCAUUUUCACGACAUGUCGUUUUUAAAUUGUUGUUUUGCUUUUUUGUACUUGGUUAGUUAAGUGCCUCGUUAACGAAUAAUCACUGACGAUAAACAAACAAACAAACAAACAGACAGACAAACAA